AUGUCUUCUGCAAUUUCCUCAACAAAAGUGGUAAUCGAUGGUUCUGUCGUUCCAGCUACUAUUAUUUUUUCCAAAACAUCUGGGAAAAUUAUCGAUGUUAUAAAGGAUGUCUUAUUGGAAGAUGAUCCAUUGUUGGUUACUUACGAUGUUCAAUUUUAUCGCAACAUGUCUCCAUUAGUAAUCUUACCGGGUCUUGUCGAUUCACAUGUGCACUUGAACGAACCAGGUCGUACCGAAUGGGAAGGUUUCCCUAGUGGAACUCAAUCCGCUGCAUCCGGUGGUGUUACAACGGUUAUCGAUAUGCCAUUGAACGCCAUACCUCCAACUACAAAUAUAAAGAAUCUAAAUAUUAAGUUGGAUUCCGCAAGGGGUAAGUGCUGGGUUGAUACCGGAUUUUGGGGAGGCUUGGUGCCAGAUAAUCUCGAUGACCUAAUUCCAUUAAUAAAUGCCGGAGUUCGUGGUUUUAAAGGGUUUAUGAUGGAUUCAGGCGUUGAAGAAUUUCCAAUGAUUACGCCGGAAUAUAUAAAUAAAGCACUAGAGGUCGUCAAAGGUAAAAAUACCAUGUUGAUGUUUCACGCUGAGAUGGAUGGUGCUAAUAAAGAAGAUAACGACGAAGAAUUCAAUAAAUGUCGCCAUAAACAUGACGAGGAGGAGCAUUAUUAUAGUGGUCUAUCUGAAGCACAAGCUGAAUCAUUGGCGAAAUCUCCAACAUUGCAUGCUGUGGAACCUUUGUCGGCAAUUGAAAAUGAUAUGAAGCCACUAGAAUUAGCUACAAAAAACAUGCCUAUUCUUGAUACAGUUGACCCAACGUCAUAUUAUUCAUUCCUCGCAUCUCGUCCAGACUCGUUUGAAUGUAACGCUAUUUAUAACAUCAUCAAAUGUCUUCAAAAACAUCCAACUACCAAAGUUCACAUUGUUCAUUUAGCAACCCACGAAGCACUUCCAAUGAUUAGGCACGCUAAGGAGACUUUGGGAUUGCCAUUAUCGGUUGAAACUUGCUUUCAUUAUUUAUCACUCAAAGCGGAAGAGAUUCCAUCUGGUGCCACACAGUUUAAAUGCUGCCCGCCAAUAAGAAGUGAUGAAAACCGCCGUUUGUUAUGGGGUGCAUUAAAGGAAAAUCUGAUUACUUCCAUUGUGUCAGAUCAUUCUCCUUGUACUCCUGAAUUAAAAGGAUUGGAGAGAGGUGACUUUUUUGCAGCUUGGGGUGGUAUUUCUUCUGUUGGUUUUGGGCUUCCACUAUUAUAUACUGUUGGUACUGAAGAGUUUGGUAUUGAGAUUACGGAUAUAGUUGAAUGGUGUUGUGUAAAUACAGCGAAACAAGUUGGUUUAUCUCACACAAAAGGACGUAUCGCAGUUGGUUAUGAUGCAGAUUUUGCAAUUUUUGAUCCUCUUAUGGAGUACACAGUAGCAAAUGCAAGAACUUUUUUUAAAAAUAAGCUGACGGCAUUUGAUGGUAAGGCUUUGAAGGGCAGAGUUGUUGAGACUAUUCUACGUGGUAAUUCGAUUUACGCUUUAGGAAAGGGGGUUUCAGAAGUACCUAUGGGUAAAUUGAUAUUAGAGGCCAGAAUCGACUGA